CAGCUGAUCUGUCAACACAGUUUAUUUUCUUCUUCGACUAGUUUAUUUACAAAAUAAUUUAAUUUACAAUAACCAGAAUUGAUAUUUGGUUAGGAGUAAACACCGUAAAUAUCUGUUCUUAAUUUAAAGUAGAUCCUGACUAUACUUAGUGUAAUAAAGAUGUCGACAGCAAUGACUUUUGGCCAGAAGCAGUUCAUUCCAACGCCGCCUGAGAAAGGCAGCUUCCCUUUGGAUCACGAAGGAGUGUGUAAGAAGACUAUGACCAAAUACAUGAAGUGCUUAUUCACCAAUAAUAGCAACAAUUCUUUGUGUCGAGAUGAAGCUAAGGAUUAUCUAGCUUGCAGAAUGGAACAUAACCUGAUGGCUAAAGAAGAUCUUUCAAAAUUAGGAUUCAAGAGUGAUACGCAAAUGGAUGAAACACAGAAAUAAUAUACUUAAUAUAUAUUUGUAUAGUUAGGAUUAGUUAAGAUUUAUUGUGUUAUUUUGUAUGUUAUUAUAACAGUUGUUACAAAUUCA